GACUUCAUCUUCGUCCAGAAUGAUCUGCAUUUUGUAAGCUCUCUUUCUCUCUCUACAAUGGAGAACGGUCUACCCGAAGAUCUCUCGGAUUCAACUCAGGUACCAGACUUCGACAAUGAUCAUUGUCUCUAUCUCGUCCCCUUCAGGUGGUGGAAGGAUGCGCAAGAAUCAACAUCUGAUGAAUCCGAUGGUAAGAGAGCGGUUCUGUACAAGGGAACUUCAGGUUCUUCCUAUGCGGGUCAUAUGAAGCUCAUCAACAGCAUAUUCAACUCGGAUCUUGUAUUGAAUUUGAGGAAAUUGUUUUAUUUCCUUGACCAUUGUUGGUUUCAUGAUGAAAAUUAUUGACAAAGGGUAUGAGUCAGGUGUACUUUACAUUCUUGAUAAGUGUGAAUCGAGAUCUAUUGUUUGCUCCAGUACCUCAACUGUUCUUGAAUAAAGAAGUUCAUUGUAGAUUGGGUCAUCAUUCUUUAUCAAUACUAGAGUGUGAGUCAUGUCAGUUUGUUAAGCAUCAUCGUUUACCUACUAUACUAAGUCAAUGAACGGGCUUCAUCUUGUUCUAUUACUUCUAAAUUUGGAUUUAGAUAUUUUAUUACUUUUAUAUAUAAUUAUUCUCGUGUUACAUGGUUAUAUUUAAUGAAAAAUCAUUCUGAGUUAUUUUAUAUUUUUAA